AUGUCAAGACCAUCACUAGAUACAUUACCUUUGGAACUUUUAUAUCGAAUUAUUGACAAUAUUGAUGUACGAACAAUUUUUCUUUCAUUUCGUAAUGUCUGUAAACGUUUUAAUGCAAUUGUCGAUAGCUACAAUUUGUACAAACUGGACUUUCGUUUAAUAACGAAACCAGAUUUUGAUAAAGUUUGCCGAGUAAUCCGUCCAGAAAAUGUUAUUUCAAUGACACUCUCUGAUGAAGAUGAGACACCUGGUCUAAUUGGAUUAUUUAUUUCGCUUGUUGAUAUACGCCAAUUUACUCGUCUUCAAUCAUUAGCACUUAUUCAAAUAGAUGAUACUAAUUUGGAUAGAUUUGUGAAAAAUAUGGUCACCACUUCGCUUGUUUCAUUAUCGAUAGAUUCGACAGAAUUUGAUCAUAGAACACUCGCUCUUUUCUCAUCAGCCACUGAAAAAGUCGAUCAAAUUUUCAUGCCUACUUUAGAAAUGAAUCGUUCAACGAAAGAACACAAAUGUACGUCAUUAAAAUGCUUCAUAAAAGAACUUUCAGUAACGGAUUGUACAUUCGAAUCAUACUUCGAUAUCCUUCGAAAUUUAAUUCAUCUAGAAAAAUUUGUUUUGAAUAAUAAUUGUCUAAUAAAUGUCGUCCAAACUGUUCCACCUUCUGAUUUGACAUCAGAUUUAAAAUCGCUGAUAAUUGAACAAGAUAAUAUGACGAUCGACAUGUGUCAAUCAAUGGUUUCGAUGACUUCAUCACUUCGUUAUUUCAAAAUAAAGGUGACAUAUGCAGGCCGAUCAUUCUACGAUGGUUCCAAAUGGGAACUAUUUAUUCAAACAAAAUUAUGUAAUCUUAAAACAUUCGAAUUUUAUUUUGAAAUAUACUUAAAUGAAAACUUGAGUAUCGAUGAUUUAAAUUCAAUAAUGGAUUCAUAUCGAACACCAUUCUGGAUUCAAGUUAAACAAUGGUUUGUUACUUGUGAUUAUAGCAAAACUAUGCAUUUAUUAACGAUUUAUUCGACACCAAGCGUCCAAUCUCCUUUUCGACACAUACCUGAAUCGGAAAAAAAUUCCGAGUCCAUUUCUAUUACGACAAAUCCUGACAAACAGGCUAUGAAAAAUCAUAUCUCCAGUUUACAGGUGUCAUUACCAUCAUCAAAAGCUCGUAAUACUUCUAAAAAGGUAUUUUAUAUAAUGGUAUCAUGA